ACAAUUUUUUAUAAACCUGAAGAUGAAUUGAAUUAAUUUAGACUUUAUACUUUAUAGUUAUUGUUCAUUCAUUCAAUUAUAUUGUAGUGUGUUUUACGCACGCACACUUAUUUAUAAUAUGUAGUAUAUACGUAUUUAUAUAUCAUAUAUGGUGUACAAUAAUAUGCAUAGCGAGCAGCAUAACAUUUUUUUAUCGACCAACACACUUCCUAGUUGUUUACUUAAAACAAAUCAAAUACAAUAGAUAUACUCAGUAGUCACACAUCCAAAAUCGUGAUCAAAAACCUUCUUCGCUCGACGUUUUAAUUAUUACUAAACGAUUUAAGUUUCAUGUUGAUUUAGCAGCGUAUAAUUGAUACCAUUGUGAUAUUGUUGAAGUUUCAAGACACUUGUUAAAUUCAAAACAAAUUGGUUCUACAUUCGAGUACUGCUUGCGACGUUUUUUUUUUUGGAUAACCCCAUCAAAAUAUUAUGAACAUUGGUGUAAUUUUUCAAUGAAAAAGUAUUUGCUAUUAUCAUAACAAUAAUGAACAACCACAGUGAAAAUGGUGAUAUUAAUUGGUACCAUGGAAAAAUAUCAAGGGACACAGCUGAAAUUAUUCUAUUAGACCAUGAAAGUAAGGCGGACGGUCUAUUUUUAGUACGAGAAAGCAAUUCUGCAUCCGGAGACUAUGUGCUAUGUGUGUUACAAAACAAUGAAGUGGUACACUACCAAAUACGACGUCAUGGUGAAGAUGCAUUUUUCUCUAUUGACGAACAAAAUAUCAUGCAUGGGUUAGAAACAUUAAUUGAACAUUAUUGUAAAGUAAAUGAUCCAAGCUUAGGAGUACAACUGUCCAACCCUAUUGUCAAAGAUCCUCCACCUCACGAUACCAGGAGACAUGGACGUACUAAUCUCUUGCACAGAGCCAUUACACAAGCUAAUUGCAAAGUGGUUACGGAGCUGUUAAAAUGUGGGUAUCGGAAUUUAGAAGCUAAAAACCAAGAGGGACAAACUGCAUUGCAUUUAGCUAGUCAGAUGGGCCAUGAUCAAAUUGUAGAGAAACUCAUUUCAUGUGGAGCCAAUGUGAAUUGUAGAGACACAGAAGGCUACACUCCUUUACAUUUCGCUUGUCAGAACAAUUUAUUGAGCACUGUGAAAAUUCUAUUGACGAUCGGCGGUGCAAAUAUUCAAUUGAGAAAUUCUUCGACUGGGUGGGUAGCUCUACACGAAGCAUCAAGCCGAGGCCAUGCAGAUAUUGUGUCUUUGUUGCUGUCUAUGAAUGCUCCAUCAAGGCCACGCACUUUUGACGAUCUUCUACCUGCAGAUUUGGCACGUACUAAUGGACACACUGAAGUUGAACAAAUGUUGAAUGAGUUUGUUUCUCCUACCCCAUCUUCGAGGAAAGAUCAAUGGUAUCAUGGCAAGCUUGAUCGUCAUGAAGCCACAGCAAUAUUGAAAACAAAAGAUGUCGACGGUUGUUUUUUAGUCAGAAUGAAUAGGCAGAAUGGCUAUGUCUUAUCUAUGAUGUGUACUAAUCAAUGUUAUCAUUUCCAGAUCCAAGAUCGCGAAAAAUAUUAUUUUAUUGAUAAUGGGCCAUAUCUGAAUUCGUUGGAACAUCUAAUUCAACAUUAUAUAUUAUUUCCUGAUGGUUUACCGAACAAAUUAGAAGUGCCUGUUAGUCCAGCAGUUAUUCCACCCCUACCAAAAGGAUUUCCGUUUACAUUAAAGAAGCCAAAACAAAAACAUCAAACUGAAUUUCAAGACAAUAUUAUGAGAGACAAUUUGAUUUUAGAUGAAGUGAUUGGUGAAGGCGAAUUUGGUUCAGUUUAUAAAGGAACUUUUCAAAACCGAGACGGUUUUGAAGAAAAAGUAGCAAUCAAAAUGUUACGUUACGACAUGUCUUCAACCAAUAAAUCAGAAUUUUUACGUGAAGCUCAUGUCAUGAUGAGUUUAAACCACGAAUGUAUUAUAAGAUUGAUUGGCAUAUGUGAAGGGCCGCCAUUGUUGAUGGUUCAAGAGCUCAUUUCACUUGGUUCUAUGUUGACUCACAUUGUCACACACCCCGAACUCAUCAGUCCAAAUUACGAGUUAAAAAUGUGGGCCGCUCAAAUAGCUUCUGGUAUGUGUUACUUAGAACAAAAACGUUUUGUUCACAGGGAUUUGGCAGCUAGAAACAUUCUUUUAGCAGAUAGACACCAAGCCAAAAUUAGCGAUUUUGGUCUGUCACGUACAUUAAAUGUUGAUAAGGACUAUUAUAGAGCUUCACAUGGUGGACGUUGGCCAAUUAAAUGGUAUGCACCUGAAUCAUGCAAUUACGGAACAUUUUCUAGUGCUAGUGAUGUGUGGAGCUAUGGUAUUACGCUGUGGGAAAUGUUUUCUUAUGGACAGCAACCCUAUGAAAACAUGAAAGGUGUUGAAGUGAUUGGUAUUUUGGAAAAAGGAGAGAGGUUACAAAAAACUCCAAGGUGUCCUAUGGAAGUUUACAAAACAAUGGAGAUGUGUUGGGCGUAUGAACCCAAAGAGCGUCCAACUUUUAGUCAGCUGUCAAAAAUAUUUGCAUCUGAUUCUGAUUAUGAGAAUUUCAAAGAUUUUAUAAAACUCUAAUGUUAACAUAUUGGGAAAGAAAAUACUAAUAAAAUCAUAUUCCUAUUAGUAGUAGAUUAUAAAAAUUUACAUUUAUGUUAAAAGAUAAUUCCAAACUAUAUCUGAAUUUUGGUUGUGAAAUAGUAAUGGAGUUACUAAUUCAUGUCAACUAGAAUUUUACACAAUGAUUAUUGAUACCUACAUUUUAUCUUUUAUUUUAUACAAUAUUUUAUUAUAUAAAAUAGAUUACUGUUAUACAACACAAA